CUUUGUGUGUGUGUGUGUGAGAGUGUGUGAAAGAAAGAGAGAGAGAAAAUGUCAGCAACUUCAACGCCAACCGUCACCAAACUCCAAGUGGAAUCCGUUGUAUUCCCGCCAACGGUGAAACCGCCGUGCUCUAAUAACACCUUAUUCCUCGGCGGCGCAGGGGUGAGAGGCAUGGAGAUCCAAGGCAACUUCGUCAAGUUCACCGCCAUCGCCGUCUACGUGGACCCCACCGCCAUCCCCGCCCUCGCCGCCAAGUGGACCGGCAAAACCGCCGCCGAACUCGCUGAAUCCGACGACUUCAUCCGCCAAAUCGUCGCCGGUCCGUUUGAGAAAAUGACGCAAGUCACGAUGAUCCUGCCACUAACGGGGCAGCAAUACUCGGAGAAGGUUGCGGAGAACUGCAGCGCCUACUGGAAAGCAGCCGGGAAAUACACAGAUGCAGAGAGUGAAGCCAUACACAAAUUCCUUCAAGUCUUCAAAGACGAAACCUUCUCACCUGGCGCAUCCAUCCUCUUCACUCAGUCACCAGCUGGCUCCCUCACGAUCGCAUUCUCCAAAGAUGGCUCCAUCCCGGAGCAAGGGAAAGCUGUGAUAGAGAACAAGCUGCUGGCCGAGGCGAUUCUCGAAUCGAUCAUCGGGAAGAACGGGGUCUCGCCUACGGCCCGCCAGAGCUUGGCCGCUAGAGUUUCGGAGCUGUUGAACCAGACUGAGGCAGAGUGCAUCAAGAAAGAGGAAUAAGAUCUUCAUCACCAAAUUAUAAUAAGCCUUUGCUUAUGUUGUUAUCAUGUAUUUUUCAAUCCAAUUAUAAUAAUACUGAGUUUUUAUGGUAA